AUGGCAUCAUCAUUUCUUAUCUCAAUAUCCUCCCCUUUCCUCCAAACUGAAUUUCCAUUAAAAAGAACUAGAAAACCUCUCACUCGAUGCUCCAUGUCCGAAUGCCCUUUCACUCCACUUUCAGUUGCUCCAUUAAAAGCAUUUGCGUCCGGCACAGCCGAUUCUUCACUAUCAAUCUCUGUGCCCGACACAGACACAGAUACAACGACUCCAAUAACAAACUCAUUGUCUGAAACCAACACAACACUAACCACAGUUCCGCAAAAACCAAUAUCUGAACUUGAAACAACAAAAAAACUCCCACUCCGAAGAAUCCCCGGAGACUACGGCCUCCCUUUUGUAGGCCCCAUCAAAGACCGUCUAGACUAUUUCUACAACGAAGGCCGCGACAAAUUCUUCCGAACCCGAAUCCAUAAAUACAAAUCAACCGUUUUUCGCGCCAAUAUGCCACCUGGCCCAUUCAUUUCAACCAACCCAAACGUCAUCGUUUUACUCGACGGCAAAUCCUUCCCCAUCCUCUUCGACAACUCCAAAGUAGAAAAACGAGACCUCUUCACCGGAACCUUCAUGCCUUCAACCGAACUCACCGGCGGUUACCGAAUCCUCUCUUACCUCGACCCCUCCGAACCAAAACACGACCAACUCAAACGCUUUCUCUUCUUCCUCCUCAAAUCUCGAAGCACCCAUUUCAUCCCUGAGUUUCGUUUAUCCUACACAAAACUCUUCGACACCUUAGAGGACAAUCUUGAACAAACGGGAAAAGCGAUUUUCGCUGAUGUUAACGAUCAAGAAGCUUUUAACUACCUUUCAAAAGCAUUCUACGGAGUUAACCCUUCCGAAACAAAACUCAAAACCGAUGGUCCAAGCAUAGUUACAAAAUGGACUCUUCUUCAACUAGCUCCAAUUCUUACAUUAGGUCUUCCUAAAUGUAUUGAAGAACCACUUCUUCAUACUGUUCGUCUUCCACCGGCUUUGGUGAAGAAAGAUUACCAGAGACUUUAUGAAUUUUUCUACCAAGCAUCGUCCGGACCGAUCUUAGAUGAAGCAGUUCGACUCGGAGUUUCUAAAGAAGAAGCAGUUCAUAACCUUAUAUUCGCCACUUGUUUUAAUACUUUUGGUGGAAUGAAGAUUUUGUUUCCGAAUAUGUUGAAGUGGAUUGGACGAGCGGGGGUUAAUCUUCAUGCUAAGUUAGCCAAUGAGAUUAGAUCGGUUGUUAAAUUGAAUGGCGGGAAAGUCACUAUGGCGGGACUGGAGCAAAUGCCGUUGAUGAAGUCGGUGGUUUAUGAGACGUUUAGAAUUGAGCCUCCGGUGCCGUUGCAAUACGGGAAAGCGAAACAUGAUUUUGUGAUAGAGAAUCAUGAGAAUGCGUUUGAAGUGAAGGAAGGUGAAAUGCUGUUUGGUUUUCAACCGUUUGCGACUAAGGAUAGUAAGAUAUUUGAUAGAGCUGAUGAGUUUGUUGCGGAUAGGUUUGUUGGGGAGGAGGGAGAGAAGUUGUUGAAACAUGUGCUAUGGUCGAAUGGUCCUGAAACGGAACAACCUACGGUUGGGAAUAAGCAGUGUGCUGGGAAGGAUUUUGUUGUGCUGUUUUCUAGGCUUUUGGUGGUGGAGUUGUUUCUCAGAUAUGAUACUUUCGGGAUUAAUGUUGAGAAGGCGCCUAUAGGAUCUGCUAUUACAUUUACCUCUCUUAAGAGAGCAACUUAUUAG